AAAUAGUGAGAUUUCUUGUUUGAUUCAAGUUUGCAAGGGUCAAGCUCUUACUGGAGAUUUGAAAUGAGCUCUGGGAUUUUGGCUCAAUCUAAAGAGUGAUUGUGGUGAUUUGAUUUGAGUUUGAAUUCAGGAAACCAGUUUUUGUUUUUCUCUUUAGUUACUUUGUUUCUUUUAUGCCUUAGGAUUGGAGAGAACAGGGCAGUUUUUACUAAUUUAAUGAUGCAAAAGAAUGGAUUGCUUGAGUUCAUGGAUAAACUUGAUUUGUUUCUUGAUCAUGCUGAAAAAUUUCAGAUUUGGGGUAUAUUGAUUUUUUUGGGGUUUUACUCUGAUGAUUUAGCUGUUCUUUCUGUUUUUCCAUAAAUUAGCUUCUUUUUUUUUUCAUUUCUGUAUUGGAUUUUGAUUAAACAUUUCCUAAUCCCUUGAUGUUUACCAGUUAUUUAGAUCUUGAUAUCUAAGAAGGCCUGAACAUGGAUCUUGAAGAGAAAGUUCCCCAACAAGCACCUUUUACACAGCAUCAGCAGAAAUGGGAAGAUCCAUCCAUUUUAGAUUACAGCACCAGGAUCAAGCCUCCUUUCCAGCCAUUCAACCAAACUCAUCCUGCAAUGUUGUCUGAUAACCAAGACGAAGUCCUUAUCCAAGAUGGCGCCGUUAAUGAAUUGCUUCAAGCCAGUGAAGUCCAAGAUUGGGAUCCAAGUGCAAUGCUAAACAAUCUUUCAUUUCUUGAGCAGAAGAUCCACCAGCUUCAGGAUUUGGUGCAUUUAAUCAUUGGCCGGAAGGGCCAAGUGUUGGGGCGACCAGAUGAACUUGUUGCUCAGCAGCAACAGCUAGUUACUGCUGAUCUUACGUCGAUUAUAGUUCAGUUGAUAUCUACUGCUGGUAGUCUUCUCCCAUCUGGUAAGCGUACACUUUCUGCAGCCACUCCAUCUCUCGAACAGUCUGGGCAGUUUGGUGGAGUCGUCUUCCCUUCUGCGCAAGGGCUGAAUGAUGGGGUUCAGCCACAAAAUGGUUGUGGAAGCAAAGUCUCUGAGCUGCCAAACCCUGUUAAUGUUAGUCGUAAGAAUGGAAAUGAGCAGAAUCAUGUUAUCGAGGAACAUGAAUUGAAAGAUGAGGAGGAAGAUGUGGAGGAAGGAGAAAGCCUUUUACCUGGCACAUAUGAGCUAUUGCAGCUAGAAAAGGAAGAAAUCCUUGCACCCCACACUCACUUCUGCACUAUAUGUGGAAAAGGAUUCAAGAGAGAUGCAAAUUUACGAAUGCACAUGAGAGGUCAUGGAGAUGAGUACAAAACACCAGGAGCACUUGCAAAACCCACAAAAGAUUCCGGUUCUGAACCAGCUAUUAUUAAGAGGUAUUCCUGCCCUUAUGUUGGUUGCAAGCGGAAUAAAGAUCACAAAAAGUUUCAGCCUCUGAAGACGAUUUUAUGCGUAAAAAACCAUUACAAGAGAACCCAUUGUGACAAGAGCUACAUUUGCAGCAGAUGCAAUACCAAGAAAUUCUCAGUAAUUGCUGAUCUGAAAACUCAUGAGAAGCAUUGUGGUAAAGAUAGAUGGCUUUGUUCUUGCGGCACCACAUUUUCAAGGAAAGAUAAGCUGUUUGGGCAUAUUGCUCUUUUCCAAGGUCACACUCCAGCCAUUCCUUCAGAAGAAGACAAAGAACCCGCCGGGCCAUAUGAUCGAGGGGAUGGUGAUCAAGCCGCAAACAAGAUUGGAAGCAUGAACAUCAAAUUUUCCUCUAAUGUUUCUAGUGAAACUGAGGCUCAAAGUAGUGUGGAUAUUAAAGGGAGCAUCGAUGAUCCCGCUGGUUAUUUCUCACCGUUGAACUUCGAUACAUGUAAUUUUGGUGGGUUUCAUGAGUUCCCUCGGUCACCAUUUGAUGAUUCCGAGAGUUCGUUUGCAUUUCUCCUUUCCGGGUCCUGUAGUUACUCUCAGAAAAGUGAAGACUAAAAGCCUUAAUAAUCUUGACUGUGGCUAAUGUUUCCAGAAUGUAUUCUUCCUUCAUUGGAGUAGGUAUUCAAGGAUAUUAAUUUGUGUUAAAUUUGUCCGGUAAGGCAGCCUUA